GCAGACUGCAGAGCUCACUUUUAAAGCUUUGUGGGAGAGAUGCGGUAUUUCUUGGUGCUCCUGGUUCUGUCCAGCAUCCGCACGGUGAGAAUGGAGGUGAUAGAUGAUGUUCUGCACAGUUUAUCCAAAGGAGUGAAGUUUUUUGAAGAGCAGAGCAGGAACAUGAAUCUGGAUGGUGUUCUGGGUUAUGUCAUUCUGCAAGCCCAGUUGCAGGAAGCCAUGAGAUCCCGGUCCCAUUCAGACUCUCUGAGCCUCUCUCAGCGCUCCAUUGCAGUAUCUCUGUUUAAAAAACUGGAGAGGAGUUUGGUUGAUGCAGUGGCAUCUCUCCAAACAACAGAUGCUAAAUAUUACAAAGAGUUCGAACCUGUCUUGAGCCAGUCUUUUUGGUCUCUGCCAUGUGAAUGGAGCUCCACAGAUCCUUCUCUUGCCUACUCCUCAACGAGAUCUUCAGAAUGUUACAAUGAGCUGCUGUCGGACAAAUGCAUGACACUGCUUCUGGGGACUUGGAAAGAAGAUGGAACGCCGUGCAUUGUGACAAAGACCUGCAUGGAGGCAAUGACCCAGUUUGGAUGUCCACAUUAUUCACUAUCGCACCAACUGCUUUACUUCAUGGUUGGGAGAAUGAAAGGUUGUUCCAAGAUGCUUAAGGGAGACAUGAGGCAAUCCCGGGUCAACAUCACUGUGGAACACUAUCAAAGGAUUUUCUGCUCCAACAUGAUGAACAGCAAUCAGCAGAUCGUCAGCAAAAGCUUCUCUGGACAAACCCAAGAUAUCUUCAUAGAGAACAUACUUUUAUGUGGCUUGGUUGGAUUCUCCGACUUUUAUAAACCAAGCUGGUUACAGCACAUUUUAGAGUGGCAGGACAAAGAACUUGGAUGUUUUGGGAAGGACGAGGAUUACUCUCAAUUGUUUGAGGAAUAUUUGGAUACAGCUCACAAGCGAGUAAAAAGAAGAGAUAAAACCUUAAAAGGUGGAUGCUCGAGUCACACAACAGGCGUGGCUGUUAGUGCACUAGGUGGAUACCUCAACUUCUAUCUGUCUGAGCAAGACAUCACAAAAAGACCAGUGUAACAGAUUUCUGAAACCAAUAAUACAAUACUAAGAAAAACACAUUUAUUGAUAAACAGGCUUUUAUUCUAUAGAAAUAAAAAUAUAUACAUUUCAUUUAAUAGUGUUUAUUUAUUUGGGCCUUUUUCCAAGUAGCAGAACAGUACUAAAUAGUACCAGAAACAUGAAACUGAUCAUGUACCAAAAUAUUGCUGCACUCACACAACAGUACACAAGAUGCAAUAACAUACAAACACUAAAUAAAUAAGCAGGAAUAAUAAUUUGGUGCCGUUUUGUGCCAUCAAAAUGCAAUAUUGUGCUAUUUUAUUUCUCAAUCUGAAAAAAGCUUCAGUUAAAGUUUUAUUUUUUUACACUGACACGGGUGUAUUGUUUGUACAGCACAGAUACAGCACAAUUUACUCUUUGAUGAGCUGGGGUGCUGACUGCACGACACACUUACUGUACUAAGCUGACAUGUUUUACCCAUACAGGCUUUAGAUGGUUUACAGGGUUGCACGAAUACACAUUAAUAACUCUGAACACAACAUGUACAUACUGUAGAUGAUAAUGUAUACUGUAGAUUUGAUGAAAUAAAUUUUUUUAAACAUGA